GAAUACCUACAUUGGCUGUGGAAGCAUUUUUCUGGUGCCGCGGAAGAUCUGCUUUUGUUUUUAAUAUUGUGGUCUUCCCAACCUUCCAAUUAACGUGACAGACCUGUUUGGAAAGUGGACCAGAUUGUUUAGGCUCCUGGACAACAGCUUGUCUCUGCCGUCAUGGGAUCUGGCUUGAUCUGUGCAUCUGUGAUCCUUCUGUGCUUCUGGUUCCGUGAAGGGAAUUCACAGAACCUCAUCCAGGGCCAAAAGAGGAAGCCGACCCUCCUGAUUAAUGAGGUCAAUGCAGAUAAUCCAGGAGAUGAUACCAUGGAGUAUUUAGAACUCUAUCAUGUUAGCGGACGAAGAGUUGCUUUGAAGGGGUAUCAUUUAGUCCUCUACAACGGGAAGGGAAACAUGGCCUACAAAGUCUUGGAUCUUGAUGGUUUUUCCACAGAUGACCAAGGUUUUCUCCUGAUUGGGUCUGGCAACCUCGUCCCAAGGCCAGCUAUAAUCCUCUCGAAGGCCACAAUCCAGAAUGGACCGGAUGCCAUUGCUGUCUAUUUUGGGAGGUCGGACUUGUACGUAGGCAUGCCUGUAGACAACGAAGGCCUGGAGGACGCUUUGGUUCAUAAAUCUAAUAAAAGGGACAAAGCAGAUGAGUUAACUCGAGUUCUGACCCCUGGCACAGAAGCUUUCUUGGAGGACCCUUCCUUCCGGACCACCGAUGACGAAUCUCUAGAGAGGUGCCAAGGGAUGGAUUCUCAGAGGUUCUUCCAAGUGGGCGCACCAACCCCAGGCUCCGAUAACCACUGCAUCCCUUUCUCGCAGUUGAAUGCCUCUGUGGUGCUCAUCAAUGAGGUUAAGUUGGCAUCCUCACCCGGAGACGCGGAGUUUGUGGAGCUCCAAGGUCCUCCUUCCGUAGAGGUGAAGGACCUGGUGAUGGUGCUUAUGGAAGGAAGAACCCAGAAGAUCUACUCUGUCAUGGAAGUCAAGGGUGAAACUUCUCCCGAUGGGUUACUUCUGUUGGGUUCAGGACUGUCCAAAAUCCCAG